CAUAAAGAUAUCAAAUCUUUAAUUUACCAAAAAAAUAGCAACAAAUUAAAUAUAUUCAAAAAGACUACAAUCUUCAUUAAAAUAAGUAAAAUGAGCCACCCCAAUAAUGCUUACCAAAUAGCUUUCGAUAAGGCUACAAACGAUAAAACUCGUGAAGACUUUUGGAGAGAUUAAACCUAUUUAGUUGAUUGGUACAAGAAACCUGAUGUCAUUUUAGAUAGAUCUCACCCUAAUCCUGGUUUCUGGCGUUGGUUCAAAGAUAGCAGAGUUAACAUGUGCUACAAUGCUGUUGACCGUCAUGUUGGAGAACUUGCAAACUAGACAGCUAUUUAAUAUGUAUGUGGAUACUUAGGUACAGAAAAGGCCUACACUUGGGCUGAGUUGCUUGAUAAUGUAUCAAGACUUGCUGGUGUUUAUAGAAAAUUAGGUGUUAAGAAGGGUGAUAGAGUAAUUAUCUAUAUGCCCAUGGUCCCUGAAGCUGUCUUUGGUAUGCUUGCCUGUGCUAGAAUAGGAGCUAUUCAUUCUGUUGUCUUUGGUGGAUUUGCUGCUAAAGAGUUAUCAGGUCGUAUUUAAGACUCUAAACCUGCUUUGAUAUUAGGUGCAUCUUAUGGGUUUGAACCUGGUAAAGUUAUUAACUAUAAGUAGAUUUUAGAUGAAGCUAUUGACAUAUCUGGAGUAUAAGGUAUUAAAGUUUUACUUUUGUAAAGAGGUGACAAAGUGACUGCUCCCAUUAAAGUUGGUAGAGAUUUCGACUAUCAUUCUUCAAUGUUGUUUGCUGAAAAAGUUGACUGUGUCCCUGUUGAAGGAGAUCACCCAUUGUAUAUUCUUUAUACUUCAGGAACUACUGGAUAACCCAAGGGUAUAGUGAGAGAUACAGCUGGUACCUGUGUUGCUACCUCAUGGACUAUGUAACAUAUUAUGGAUAUUCAUAAAGGUGAUGUUUAUUUCUCUGGAAGUGAUAUUGGUUGGGUUGUUGGACAUCAUUUCAUAGUUUAUGGACCCCUUAUUAGAGGUGCUACAACAGUUUUGUAUGAGGGUAAACCAACUGGUACUCCUGAUCCUGGUUAAUUCUGGAGAAUCAUUGAAAAAUAUAGAGUUAAGGGUCUUUACACUGCCCCAACUGCUCUAAGAGCUAUCAGAAAAGAUGAUUUGAAUGGCGAUUGGAUUAAGAAGUUCGAUAUCUCUUCUUUAUAAGCCAUAUCUAUGGCUGGUGAAAGAUGUGAUGUGCCAACAUAUGAAUGGAUUCAAAAGCAUGUACCAGUUUUGAUCAAUGAUAACUAUUGGUAAACUGAGACUGGUUGGAUUAUUUCAUGCAAUUAUAAGAAUCUUUACACACACCCAAUUAAACCUGGUUCAGCAAUUAAGCCUGCUCCUGGUUUUGAUGUCCGCAUCCUUGAUUAAGAUAAUAAGGAAGUCACUGAACCAAAUAAGCUUGGAAGAAUUUGCAUUAAACUCCCCAUGCCUCCUUCAUUUAUGCUUACCUUAUAUAACAAUGAUGAAGCCUUUAUUUAAAAGUAUUUAGCUGAAUCACCAGGAUACUACUUAGCUGGUGACAGUGGUUACUUCGAUGAUAAAGGAUAUUUAAAUGUUAUGGCUAGAAUAGAUGAUAUCAUUAACACUGCUGGCCACAGAUUAUCUACUGCAGCUAUGGAAGAAGCUCUCCUCAAGCAUCCAAAUAUUGUUGAAGCAGCUGUUGUAGCAAAAGUAGACGAUUUCAAAGGAGAAAUUCCCAUUGGUUUUGUAGUUGCUAAAUAAGGUGGUAACAUAGACUUAAAAUAAUUCGAAAAAGAAUGUACAACAAUAGUUAGAUAAGAAAUAGGACCCGUCGCUUCUUUUAAUAACUGCAUUCUAGUUGAUAAGCUACCAAAGACCAGAAGUGGUAAAAUCUUAAGACAAACACUUAAAAAAAUUGUAGAUGGAGAAAAAAUAGAAAAGAUCCCUCCUACUAUCGAUGAUGCCUCAGUAAUUCCUAAAAUACAAGCUGAUGUUGAAAGUUAUGGUCUCCUAAAGAAAAAAAAUACUUCUGCACAGUAACCUGUUCCUAGACUCUGA